ACAGGCAGCACCUCCUCUUUGCGCCAGACAGUCCAGUUUCCAAGAUUGCUCCUUAUGGCAUGCAUCUGCUAAAAAUAAAACGUGCCAGCAGGUCUACUAACUCUCUGUUCCACGCAUUAGAUGUCCCUGUUCCCGGGGCACGGGCUGUCUCUUGUUCUGGGUUCGUUCCCGGCAUGACUUAUCUUUAUUUGAGGCAUUGAAUUUUCCCUUGCUCCAGGUAUUAGUAACUUGUGCGCAGCAAGGUUUGCGACUAUGAUGGUGAUCAUGAGGAGGAGGAGGAGGAGGAGGGGGGAUGAGGGAGGAGGAAAACUUUUCUUAUGCAUCCCGCUUGUCCUUAAUGCUUGCUUAGUUUUCCAAGUAUGGAUCUGUGUAGGGUUUGUAGGCUGUAAAGACAACUCGCCAGGCUCUCCAGCUGUGGUCAACCAAGCCCAUCAGCGAGAACUGGAAGCAUGAGGAGGAAAAGAGAGAGUAGUAAGGCUAUCUACCGCCGAUGUGACUCUCCACGUCUCCCCCUCUUCUACCCCCUCGAGACUUCACAUCCUUCUCCCCCUGCUGCCCACGGGACAGACUCGGUGAUUGCGCUGGCUGUUUUGAACAAACUAACCCGGUACUAAACCUGCUUCUCAGACCAUUUUGGUUCUCAACACAAAGUACGAGAAAUUGAAAACGGAGAGAGAGAGAACUCAUUGAACCUAUCGAUUCCUACACUCCCGCUAGUAAGCUGAGGCUGGUCAUUUAUCCACCAAAAAAAAAAAAAAAAAAACGAUUGCUACCCUCAGAUAUCCUUCCCUUCCCACCCCCCCGCUAUCCCCUACCUUUGUGUCGCGACCCAUCUUGAUAGCCCUUUUUUUUUGUGUGCUCGGCGCUCGCCCAUCUUUACCCCCCUUUCAUUCACCGAUCCCAUCUGUCCGUUGCACCAUGGAGGAUGCAGAAGAUCUGCUUCCCUCUUGUAUGACUUGUACGCUACCUUUUGUUCUCUUCUUUUCCUGUUAUCAGAUUUAACAGUGCGACCACCAGAUCAGGGAACGAGGGAAAGCAACUGAAGUGAUGCAGUGAACUGAGUCUGUAUCUGGUUUUAUCCAUUCUUUGAUAUGCCUGUGCAAUAAGCCAGAGCUUCUGGCAGUCCUGUCAGUUAUACCCCCAUUCAACAUCUACACCCACACAGAUGCAGGCACCCAAUCACACAUAAGCCUUCGGCCUUACAUGGUUUACAAGCAGGAUGUCUUAUUAUAAGCAGGAUUAACUCCAGUGCCAACUCCAGUGCCACAUAACGGAUCUCAUCCUCCUAAGUGCCAUAACUCGGCUCAGAUUUGCAUGAGCCGUGGGCUCUAGGUCGUCACUUUUGGUCAAAUGCCCGAAACAAGGGUCAAAAGUCAUGCCCCAAGUCUAAGGGCAAAGGCCUGAGGCGAAGGUGUACCAAGGGCAGGCCCAGAAUCAGCACUCAGAGGCCCUACGAGGAACAGUUGACUUUGAGAAAGUCAACAGUCAACCCCAUCACGGGAGUCCAGGCCCGGUAGUCAAAGUCAACCCGCUGGUCAGCCAUGGCUGCAGAUCAGAUGCACAUUAUUGGUUGUCUGCAGGUAUCCAGAAGAAUCCGGUCCAAGUGGGACACGUGGGAGAUCUAACUGUGCAGCAUCCAGGCCAUUGGCUUCUGAUUGAUCUGGGGCGUCAACCCCUGGAGACCAGAGGCUGGUCAACGUGAGUCAACACUAUAAGUUGAUCCAGUCCCUGCUUGGAGAGCAUUCUCCUUGCGCAUACGGCCUUGCGCUGGCUUGUUGCUGGUGCGAAGAUGCAAGGCUGCUGGAGGUUUAUGUUGGCGCCAGGUUCAGAAUGUGGGCACCAGCCUUGAGGGAGAUUAUGUUGACGUGGCCAUAGCCACAUUGAUUUUGACAUUGAUAGGAGUGUGGGCGAGGAGGAGGAUCCAAACUGUGAGAUUGGUGUGUGUGAUGAGGAGAAGCUUACCUGGAAUUACCUGUGAUGUCGCUUGUGCUUCGCUGCUCAUUUCCAAGAGGAAGAUCUGCACCAUCCUCCUUGAUUGCUGCUGACGUGGAUGGAGCAUGGGCGCCCUGUUGCGACCUGUUCGUUGUAUAUGUCAGAGAUCUUCAGGGGAGAACUGUAUUGUUGAGGUGGCGAGUGAGGGAGAUGCACAAGGAGGAAGUGCGCUCGAGGAGGAAGUGCGCUUGAGGAGGAAGUGCACUUGAUGAAGCAUGGGUGCCCUGUUGGCGAGAGAUUUGCUGAUGUGGCACCGGGGAAGAGACUGGCGAGACAUUUGCUGAUGUGGAAGGGGGAGGAGAGAAGGCCCUUACCUGCUGACAUGGACAUUCCUUCGGCGUUGACGCUGGUAGUGGCUUGCUGACGUGGCAGGCUUGAUAGCGUUAUUGAACUUUCCUCCUCCAGAGGUGUUUCUUGUUGACAUGUCACGCUGCCUACUGAGGUGGCAGCGCACGUAGGGGCUGGCGUGACACCUUCCUAAAGAAACGGCGAGGUACAUAGGAUGACGUGGCAUUUUCUUAGUGUUGCGAGGUACCUCCAGUGACACGGCACCUUGCUGAAGUGGCAUCGAGUAACACAGGUUGAUGCGACAUUCCGGUGAGCAAAUACGGUCCUGAGCGGUAUUCCACUGCCCACGUGCUCCAAGUAGUACUCCAUCACUGACGUGGCCUAUAGAUGGCCCCAUGACGCCAACGUGGCAAAAAAUGAAGCAGAAAGAGAGACUAGUGUGGACAAUACCUUGCACGUGUGUGACCUGGCGUGCGGUACAGCACUAGAAUACGCCAUAGUGCCACGUGUCAGGGCAUGUGUCUGGUCAUACAGCUAUCUGCAAGAAAGACAGCAAAGGAGAGCAGCACUUGCUUGGUUCGGUGUUGCUGAUUGACUUUGUGUACUUGUCUUGGGUUGUCGUAUGGAUGGUUGCAGUCUCACCAUUCUUUAUGUUGGUUUGAUCUCACUGGCUGUGGCUGCAGAACCUGAACAGUCUCUUGGAGUCGAACAUCAUCAGUCAAAAACUAGAAGAUAAUAGAUUUAGAAAUUUUGAGAAAUUCAAAUUCUGCAUUUAAUUAUUGUAUUUCUUCAUUUCUUGCUAUAUUAUUGAAAAUUCCUUUGUGGUGAGGCUGUGGAAUCUACAACUGACUUUUUAAGUUCGUUGUGCGACAUUCUCAUUUGCAAAAAUGGC